AUGUUAACAAAUGUAUCUGUUCGAUCUUUAUUAAAAAAUUAUAUGAAUAAACAACCAUUAGCAUUAAUCGUAGGAAACAAAAAACACGCUGAAUUUAGAAUUCCGGCGCGUUAUUGUCCAGAAUAUGAAUAUUAUAAGAAUCACGAAGAGAAUCAAAUAAAGAGUCGAGAAAAUGAAAGAACAAAGUUUAUUCGUUGGAUGUUUCGAUUUGAAUGGUUACCAAAUCAAGAAUUCACACCUUGGUGGGAAUCUUCCACAGAAAAUCACGCAAUCUUCACAGAAUUGAUAUCGAUUUCCUUAUCCGUAGAUUUCAUAUGGGAAGAUGCGCCAGAAAAUUUAGAUUACGUGAAAUCGUUUUUAAGCCCAGGAUUAUUAGAUACUAAUCAAAGAAUACAAAUUCCUUUUUCAAUAUUACCUCCUCAACCACAAAGUGAUUUAAAUGGUCUCAUUGAUCAAUCUUUCGACUCACAACACUGGAAAGGUUAUCACUGUCUUCGUUGUGGACGUAUUUCUUGUCGAAAUAAUUGGAAAGAAUGGAUCUGUGCAAAUUGUGGGAUCAUACAUUUGGCAUCACAUAAAAUACUGUUACCCCAUUCUUUACGUGAUCCUGAUCUUCCAUUACUUAUUGGGCCGGCUGCGGACUAUGAUAUAUGUGUAAAGGAUGGUAGUCAAAUUACAGUAUCUCGCAAUGUAACCUCAGAUGGUGCAAUUAUAUGUCGUUACGAUUUUCCUGAAGGAGGACAUGUAAUUCAUAAGCUUGGAAACUUGUCUCUAAAUGCAUUGCCAAAUAAAUUGUUUAACGGUUUCCAAAAUAAAAAUAUCCAUUUUAAGAGGAACGUUGUAAAAAGUGCCAGAGGUAAUUAG